CCACGGCCCGUCAGGAGCAUGGCCCCCCUGGGCUGUGGCGCCACAAGGCAUCAGGCAGAGUUCAAACAACCAUACCCCGCCAAAUUGAUUCAGCUCAGCUCUACGGAGUACGAAAAUGGGCGAAAGGGCGCAUACAUACACGAGUACUUUUUGCCUAUGUAUGAGUACUACCAGCGCUAGGCAAGAAUUGGCGUAGCGCGGGAACUGAAUAAACAUACAUUUGAAACCCCCCUUCGUACUUGAUGUCACAAUAACCUCACCAGAAUUUUUCGCCUUUGUUCCAUACUCUCCUCAGUAUCGCAGUGGAACACCAAAGUCAUCGCCUGCUCUUGCGUGGAAUCCAAUCCAACCAUGGAAGCCCUCAAAGCAACUUUCGCGGAAUGCAAGAAAGAAAAAAGGUCCGCUCUGAGCAUAUACAUCACCGCCGGCUAUCCCACCCCCGCCGAGUUUCCCGAUGUCCUUCUGGGCCUGGCAGCUGGUGGCACCGAUCUAGUUGAAAUCGGAGUGCCCUUUACAGAUCCGGUUGCUGAUGGCCCGACUAUCCAAAAGUCCAACCUCACUGCGUUGUCCAACAAUGUGAACAUCGAGAAGACCUUGAAAUUGAUCAAGGAAAGCCGCAACAAGGGCUUCCACCUGCCUAUCGUGCUUAUGGGCUACUAUAACCCAGUGAUGAGUUACGGAGAAGAGAAUCUGGUUCGGGAUUGCCGCGCAGCCGGUGUGAACGGAUUCCUCAUUGCCGACCUUCCUCCCGAAGAAAGCGGGAGCUUUCGAAAGCACUGCAAGACAUACGGCUUGUCCAUGGUCCCGCUCAUUGCACCUGUCACGAGCGAAGAACGUCUCAAACUCAUCUUCGAUAUGGCGGACACCUUCGUCUACGUCGUUUCAAGGAUGGGUGUCACGGGUGUCACAGGAAAGUUGAAUCAAGCCCUGCCUGAGGUCAUGAAGAGAGUUAAUAAGCACACUGGUGACAUAUCUGCGGUUGUCGGAUUCGGAGUGAGCACACGCGAACAAUUUCUCAGUGUGGCAGACAUCGCAGAUGGCGUUGUCAUAGGAAGCGCACUUGUUAGCGUCCUUACACGCGCACCGCCGGGCCAGGCCGCCGCUGCAGCACAAAAGUAUUGCAGCGAGAUUAGUCUUCGUGAGGUGGAUCCGACUCAUGGCACGGUCAGCCCUGAUUGGGAAAAAGAGUUGAGCAACGGAACCAGUAACGGCAUUGAUAUCCAGCCGGUUCCCGAAGAUGUGACUGCACAUUUGCCGGAAUUCGGAGACUUUGGAGGGCAAUACGUACCCGAAUCGCUCAUCGCGUGCAUUGAAGAGCUUGAAGCUUGCUGGAAUGUCGCCAAGGACGACCCCGAAUUCUGGAAGGAAUUCCGCUCUUACUAUGCGUACAUGGGACGUCCCAGCUCUCUGCACCCUGUUGACCGCCUGUCUAAACAUGUAGAUGGUGCCAGGAUUUGGGUGAAACGUGAAGACCUCAACCAUACAGGAAGUCACAAAAUCAACAACGCGAUCGGACAGAUCCUUCUCGCAAAACGGAUGGGAAAAACAGCCAUUAUUGCUGAGACAGGUGCCGGUCAGCAUGGAGUUGCAACGGCCACAGCCUGCACCCAGUUGGGGAUGAAGUGUACUAUCUUCAUGGGUGCGGAGGAUGUAAGGCGCCAGGCACUCAACGUGUUCAGAAUCAGAAUCCUCGGCGCGGAGGUCAUCCCGGUUGAAGCGGGCACGAAAACCCUGAGAGAUGCAGUGAAUGAGGCAUUGAGGUCUUGGGUGGUGGAUCUAGACACUACCCACUAUCUCAUUGGGAGUGCCAUCGGCCCUCAUCCAUUCCCGACGAUUGUGAGGACAUUUCAAAGCGUUAUAGGCAAUGAAACGAAGAGCCAAAUGAUGGAACAGGUUGGCAAGCUUCCCGACGCUGUUGUUGCUUGUGUUGGAGGAGGAAGUAACGCCUCCGGAAUGUUUGCUCCAUUCCGAGACGAUUUAAGCGUCCAACUGUUAGGUGUCGAGGCGGCCGGUGAUGGACUGGACACAAAACAACAUGCAGCUACCCUGAGCAAGGGAAAGCCGGGUGUUCUUCAUGGCGUGAAGACAUAUAUUCUUCAAGACCAAGAGGGUCAAAUCAUAGAUACACAUUCUGUCUCGGCCGGCUUGGACUAUCCCGGUGUGGGACCAGAGCUUUCCUGGUGGAAGGAUAGUGGCAGGGGAAAAUUCAUUGCGGCAACAGAUGCUCAGGCAUUCCAAGGCUUUCGUCUCUUGUCACAGUUUGAGGGCAUCAUCCCAGCUCUUGAAACCGCGCAUGCGGUUUGGGGUGCCGUCGAAUUAGCCAAAACAAUGAAGAAAGACCAGAAUGUAGUCAUCUGCGUGAGUGGAAGAGGUGACAAGGACGUCCAGAAUAUCGCAGAGAAGCUCCCAAAACUUGGGCCACAAAUCGGCUGGGACCUCAGGUUCGAAGGAAAUGAUGAAUGAUUUUGAGGGGAAGUUGUGGCCUAGAGUGUCUGGCCACACUCACUGAUCAUUUCGUACAAUAUCCUCAGCAAGCAAAGAGAAAAAAGGCGUUGAUUGCGGAAAUAUCUCUAACGUAUUUUGAUUUACAAUAAAGAUGUGCGUGGGUGCUUCGCUAUUGCAGCAUCCACCAUACCCCUGAACGCUUGUUGCCUUGCACACUGCUCC